AAAACACAAGUGUCUAAAAUGGCUGAAGCAGUUGGAUUAGCAUCUGCUAUUCUAGGUCUGACGAUUUUCGCGUACGACACGAGUAAAUCACUACAUGAGGCGGUUUCCAGUUUUAGGACCCAGCGAAAAACCAUCAAAGAUCUUCAAGAUGAGCUCAACUCUCUUACCACCAUCCUCGGGUCGAUCCGCACACAUGUAGAAGGAUCGGAUGAAGUCCAGAGACUGGAGCCUCUUCAAAACCCGUUAGAGUGUUGUUUGAUGAUAUGUCAAGAAAUGCGUGAAACACUUGAGGCCUGCACGAAACACUUAGCAGAAGGGCGGGAUAGUGUUCGAGAUUGGCUUAACAUGAAAUACCAUGGCAAGAGUUUUGAGGACAUGACAAAACGACUCAACAGCUAUAAAUCCACCCUCAGUAUCACAUUUGCGUCAAUCAACAUGCGAAAUCACGGUAUUACGCAGGAAUCAUUGAAUGAUCUUAAAGACUCAAUCCGCGGUACCAAAGAAGAUCUGGAAGAUCUUUUACAUCAAAUACGUGAAGCUAUCGAAUCCGUACAUAGUUCGAGCCGAGAACCUUUUCAAGCUGAUCAGGCUCGACUACUGGGUAGUCUUAAGAGCAUUGAAUGGGCUCAGCAGGUCGCGGAUACUACCCUCCCCAAAGUUGUUGUUGAGAGUAACCGAGCUGGCCAAGGGACCCGCACAAUCUUUGGUACGGAUACUUCUCAGCCACAGUUCAGCUUGAACGUGUCGGAAAAUGAGGCUGGAUUAGGCGCCAUUAUGGCUGCUGGGGUUCACACUCCACAAACACUUCAGGAACUGCUUAGAGAUUCCCAGGCGCAGAAUCUCGCGCUUACCCUUCAAGCAGCUCAGGCACAAUCACAAAACACCAAUGCCCCAACUCUACAAUCUCUUCUAUACGGCCUAUCAGUUGGGCCGCUAGCAGGGGACCACUCUUCCAAUCCAAGGAUUUCAGGAAAUGCCAACCCAGGUCUCGAAGCACCCAUACAAUCAAUCGGGUCAGCGCAUGGGGAGGUAGUUGAUAACGAAGCUCAAAGGAAGUGAUCAACGAAUUUGGACUUAUAUUUGUUGUGAUUCAAAGGAAGAUUGAUUGUUGUCUCACUACUAUUGUAAAGCUAACGGUUUAUACACAAUUUAAACAUCAGAUUAAU